AGCCAUGAGGGUUCGAGCCAGCGCUCUGUAGCCGGCUGGUUCCGCGCAGUGCGUUUCUGGCCCGCCUCCUCUCCGGGCUGGGCUCCUAGGCCGCCCCAUAGAGGGGCCGCGCAGGAUCCCGUCUGUGGCCACGGCGAUGGAGGGCACCGGCUGGGCGGCUGCGGACGGAGGUGGCGCGGCGAUCGCUGCUGGCAUGGAGGGGGACUCCGAGAGCGACGAGGGCGGCCAGAGCGACGAGGGCAUGGAGGACAUGCUGGAGCUGGCUUCAGGGCAAGGCUCGUCGGGAUCCAUCGGCGGACCUCCGGGCGGGUACGGCGCACUGGGCUUCCUCCUGAGGCGUACCUCGCAGCUGGAGAAGGAGGGCGGGGGCACGCAGUUCUCGUCGAUGCUCCGGGACCUGAAGAGCGGCGACAGCGCGCGCCAGCUCGCAGCGCUCACGGAGCUGUCCGAGUACCUCAGCUUCAGCACCGAGGAGGCCUUGCUCUCGUUCCCCAUGGAGGCGUUCAUCCCAGUGCUCGUGAGCCUCCUGGAGAGCCCCGGCCAAAGCGAGGAGAGCGCGGGUCAGGUAAUGCUCCUCUGCUGCCGGUGCCUGCACAGCGUCGUGGACAUUUUGCCGGCGACUGCGCGGAUCAUCACAGCGGCAGGGGGCCUGCCUGUGCUCUGCUCCAAGCUCCUCAACGUGGAAUUCAUCGAUGUCGCCGAAGUCGCCGUCGCCAUCAUCGAGUGGAUGUCGGAGGACCAGCCCCUGCAGGUGCUUCGCGCGGGCUGCCUCCAGGCGUCACUGGCCUUCCUGGAUUUCUUCCAGAUGGCCACCCAGCGGCAGGCAGCCAACGCAGCGUCGCUGAUGCUAGCGCUGGACCUCCCGCGCAGCGCCCUAGAGCAGCACGUCAAGCCCGUGCUGCCCACGCUCGCCGCGCUCCUGCAGCACUCGGAUCCACAGGUCGCGCAGUCCAUCUGCGAGUGCUGGCGCCGAGCCCUCGAUAGCACGAUCGCAGCGCACGGGCAGCCACAGGCUGCGCAGGGCCCCCCGUGCUGGACGCCCUUCGACCGGCUGACAGCAGGCGACCGCUCGAGGAGGGACCGGAACAAGGUGCCGGCCGACUUCUGGGCGCCCGGGCCCCGCUCUUGCGCUGGCGCCAGCGGCUCCGGCAGCGCAGUGGCCUCGCCAGCGCCGCCGGCCACGCCUGGGCCGCUGGGCGCGCAGCUCGAGGAGAUGUGCCCCGCUGGCGUGCUGGGGAGCUUCCUGCUGCUGCUCGGCUCCGGCAUCUCGGCCCGGUGGUCACAGUCGAGGUGUUGUACAUCCUGGCAGUUCUCACGAAUUAUUCCGAGGCGAUCACGGAAGAGCUGCUGAACCAAGACGUGUGCGGGCUGCUGCAGGGGAUGCUGACCAGCGCAGACUCCUGCGGCACAGCGCAGCCCUCCCCGCGGCCCCCUGCAGGCACGCUGCCCGCCCUCGCGGUGGUCGCGUCCAUGCUCCCCGCCAUUCACAUCGUGGGCUCGAGGUGCACGUGCGAGGAGAAGCGCCUCACACUCUUCCGGGACAACCCCGGCUACAUGCAGCUCCUGGCCGAGUCGUUCUUGCCCGGCCUCCUGGAGAUCCACGAGGCGUCCACCGAGCCCAUGGUCCAGUCUCUCUGCGUCUCGCUGCUGCUCGCCUUCCUGCUAGCGUGCCGCGAGCAGCCGGACGUGGUGCCGGGGCUGCUGGAGCCAGCAAGGCUAUCGGACUUCUUGGCCAACAUGCUGCUGGCGAGCUCUGGACGCACGACCACCGUUGCGUGCCUGAUCAUGGCGGAGGAGCUGCUGCAGCGCCACCCGCAGACGUAUUCGGUGCUGUUCGCGCGACACGGCGUGCUCCAUGCGAUUCAGAGGCUGUCCGACGGCGGGCGAGGCAGCUCUCAGCACCAAUCUGCGAAGGAGCGUCUGACUCGGGAGGCUGCCCAGCGUGUGUUUUCUGCACUCAUCCAGCCUAUCGGCGCUGGUAGUCCCUGCGAUGCGCCGCUGCGUGAACUGGCAGCUCAGCUGCGAGGCGACCAGCAGGCAACGCAGCCUUGCAGCCGGGAGGCGCUAGAGCGGCUCUUCGGCCACGUCACCGCAGGCCACGGCGUCACGACCUUCGAGUUCGCCUCCAGCGGGCUCGCCGACGCCCUGCACGCGUUCCUGUUCCCCUGCGCCGGCGACGCCAGCUGCCCAGACUGGAGGGGCGUGCUCACGCACCGCCUGCAGCUGUUCCUCGACUGCGUGGGCAGGUCGCCAGACGGCGCGCUGGGGACGCUCGCGCGCCUGGUCGUGUCGGCGGCCCAGCGCAUCGGGCAGCCGCCGCUGACGCUGUUCCCGAUCCACGCCCUCCGCGCGGCCGCGCUGCCGUCGCACCUGCGGCCGCAC